ACUUCCAGUGCCAGUCAGGAUGGCUUCUGUGAGGAUCCGAGAGGCCCAGGAAGGAGACUGUGGAACAAUCCUAAGACUGAUCCGGGAACUUGCAGAAUAUGAGAAACUCGUUGAUCAGGUGAAGAUCACUGAAGAAGCUCUGAGAGCAGAUGGCUUUGGAGAAAACCCUUUCUAUCACUGUCUGGUGGCAGAGUUCCUUCCUGGCCCCGAGGAGCCAAAAGGACCCUGUGUGAUUGGCUAUGGAUUAUACUAUUUUAUCUAUAGCACAUGGAAGGGACGAAACAUUUAUCUGGAAGACAUCUACGUGAUGCCAGAGUAUCGGGGUCAAGGAAUUGGUUCCAAAAUAAUCAAAAAGGUGGCUAAGGUAGCUCUUGAUAAGGGCUGUUCCCAGUUCCGCCUGGCGGUUCUGGACUGGAACAAGAAGGCCAUGGAUUUGUAUAAGACCCUGGGAGCCCACGACCUGACUGAAGCCGAGGGCUGGCAUUCCUUUCGCUUUGAAGGAGAAGCACUGAAGGCAUUGGCAGUGGGGGUUGUCAUUCCUUGAGGUUCUCCUUUUAGUCUCUAGCUAAUUCAAGCACUCCCCGGAGAUUUAUCUCCCCCGAGACCUCUCUGAAGGAAAAGGAUGUGGGUGAAUAUUCCUGAAACUACAGAAAACAGAAUUGGUGGGGAGCUUUCUGAUCCCUGGUAGCAGGUGAAAAAUAAAAUAAGAAUUAUUCUGUC